GCAACUUUAUGGCGAUCCGGUGCGGAUACGUUAUAAUCAUAACAAAAUAAUAUAUGUAUGUUAAUACAAUGUAUUACUCAAUAAUCCGACGUCUCGCAACGCAACCGAAGUUGGCCAACGUUCCCAAACAAAAAUGGAAAAGCGUUGUGGGUUUGGAGGUGCAUGCACAGAUUGCCAGUGCCUCUAAGCUUUUCUCCGGAAGUGGCACAUCCUUUGGAGCACCACUUAAUUCAUCCGUGGCCUAUUUUGAUGCCUCCAUUCCAGGAACUUUGCCGGUGCUCAACAGAAAGUGUGUGGAAUCCGGCAUUAAGACAUCAUUGGCUCUUGGCUGUCGGGUAAACGAGGUGUCCAUGUUUGAUCGCAAGCAUUACUUCUAUGCUGAUUUACCAAAUGGCUACCAAAUCACACAGCAGCGAGCUGCCUUAGCCAAUAAUGGGAAAAUUACUUUCCCAGUGAUAACACCAGGCAAAAAAGUUUACUAUAAGACUGCCAAACUACUCCAGUUGCAAUUGGAACAGGACAGUGGAAAAUCCCUGCACGAUGACUAUCUUAAAAGGAGCCUAGUUGAUCUCAAUCGUGCUGGUUUGCCCUUAAUGGAGUUGGUUUUUGCCCCGGAUCUGGAAACGGGUGAAGAAGCAGCCUCGUUGGUAAAGGAACUAAUACUGAUUUUGAGGCGCCUCCAAACCUGCAGUUGUAAAAUGGAAGAGGGUGCCCUUCGUGUGGAUGCCAACAUAUCAAUUCAUCAGGAAGGCGACCCAUUGGGUGUGCGCACUGAAGUCAAAAAUAUUGGCUCGGUUCGCAGUAUUUCACAGGCAAUUACAUAUGAAAUAAAUAGACAAUUGGAAACUGUGGCCAAUGGCGGUGUGAUCACAAAUGAAACUCGCAACUGGGAUGCGGAAAACCGGCGCACAGUGGCCAUGCGUGACAAAGAGGUGCUGCAGGAUUACAGAUUCAUGCCUGAGCCAAAUCUACCGCCCCUCCAUGUUAACCUAAAGGCGGGAUCACAAUCAACAGAGGAUUUGCUUUCUGUGGCAGCUUUGACUGAGGAAAUUCCAGAACUACCCGAGGAUACAAGGCAACUCCUGGUUGAGCAGUACAAUUUAAAUGCAGAAACAGCCAUUAUUUUAGUGAACGAACCCAUUCUAUUGGAACAUUUUUUGAGUAUCAGCCGUAGUUUGAGUGAACUGCCCAACAAAGUCAUUUACAAUUUUCUUAUCAACGAUUUGCUGAGCUAUUGCAACAAAUUGAACUUAGACGUGGAGGAUUGUUCUAUAAAAGGUGAUGAUUUAAAGGAUAUAUUGAAAAGCCUGCACAGUGAGCAUAUUAACCUUCAAGCUGCCCGGCAUCUAAUUGAACUUCUGCACAACAACCCUGAAGCCAAAGUCAGUGAGCUCAUUGAACAGCACAACCUACAGCAGAUAUGCAGUCUAAAGGAAAUAGAGAACCUUUGCCAGCAGGCCAUUAUCAGCCAAGCCAAGGCAGUGCAGCAGUACCAAAAGGGCAAAGCCAAAGCUUUGUUUGCUAUCGCAGGCGAAGUGGCCAAGCUCUCCGCCCAGAAGGCUAACAUGAGGCUAGUAGUAGAGUGCCUGGAAAAGAUGCUAAAGCCCACCAAGAAGUAAGAGUUAAGGCGAGUGACUGUGUUCAUUAGAAGUGUGUUUCUCUUGUAUAUAUAUUUUAUAAAACAUGCAGUCGACGAACCGCACUGUAUAUAGGAUUAGAUAUGCUAAGGAUUAAAUAUAUAUGCUUUUUUUUGUGCUGA